GAAUAGCUCUUAUUUUUCCAUUCAAAGUGUCAUAGUCUUGAAGGUACCGUGGUUUGGUUUGCAGUUCACUUCAUGUUUUCAGAACAACAACUGCAUAUUUUAACGAUUCUACACGUAAUUCUACAGAAAACGUUGACAUUGUUGUUCGUGACAUGAUGAUUGAGUUAUAUGAAGCUAUUGCCUUCUAGAUGACGUACUGAUAUGAUGGUAGGCCUGUUUCUCGUAAUCGCAUGUUUAACUUUCGUACGCCUCGAAGCUGUCUUCUGGUCUUGUCCCCAAGACUGCUCCUGGAAGACUAUCAACAAUGAUACAAAGUCAUGUACGUUCGAAGAAGAAGCGUCUGGCGAAAGAGCGGUUUGUUCAAACAUAUUCGAGAGUGGCGAAAGCAGACGACAUCGAACCAAUUCCGAAGUAAAUAUACAAAAUAUCACCCGGUUCAUUAGUUUGAAUAAAAAUGCUGAGAAAAUCAUUGGUCUGAAUAUAUCAUUUCAACUUCCAACAGAUGCGGAGAAAAACGAGUAUCGUGGAAUAUUGAUUAAAUUAACAUCUAAGCAAAACACACAUUGCUUCUACAUAAACUUCAACGAACCUCUUAAAAUCUACGAUAUUCUGAUUAUGAAGACAUUCGAGGCAGUUUCGAUGUCAUUUCAUUUUGACUGCAUUCGUGGAUUUCUCCCAGGACAGACUUACAAGGUAGCCGUUAUAAUGAUGGCGCAGGAUUCCAUUAGCAAAGAAGUUGAAAAGACUGUUACAAUUCCAUGUAAGUCACAGUUAUACUUUAGCAGCCACACACGCCAGCAGUGA